AUGGCAAACAACCUACAAUCCUUUCAAGUCCCGAUUCUCAACAAGAGCAACUUCGAUAAUUGGAGUAUUAAAAUGAAGGCUCUACUAGGAGCUCAUGAUGUGUGGGAGAUUGUAGAGAACGGGUAUGAGGAACCGCCGGAUGAAGCAACACUAUCCCAACAACAAAAGGAAAGGCUAAGGGAUUCAAGGAAGAGGGAUAAGAAGGCUCUCUUCCUUAUCUACCAAGCAUUGGGAGAUGACGAUUUCGAGAAGAUCUCAAGCGCAUCCACCUCGAAAGAAGCUUGGAAUAAGUUACAAGUCUCGUGCAAAGGCGUCGAGCAAGUAAAGAAGGUACGUCUCCAAACUUUACGAGGUGAAUUUGAAUCCCUUAAUAUGAAGAAUCCGAAUCUAUAUCGGAUUAUUUUACUAGAGUAUUGGCGGUACCAAAUCAAAUGA